AUGACAGAAGAAACCUACGAAUUCAUCACACUCACCAAUGAAAAUGCCUCCGAACUCUCAGAAUUUCUAAUGAGUCAUUUCUUACUCGAGGAGCCAUUGAACAGAGCAAGUGGUAUGACUCGGCAGAAUUUUCAGCCAUUCGUGGAUAAACUAUUCGAGAGAACUCUGAACAUCCCAUUCUCAUUUGCGUUGGUCGAGAAAGAAUCAAGAAAAAUCGCCGCGUGCGCAAUGUCUUCAUUGUGGAAAAACGAAAAAAAUGAUCACGAAGGUGCUGGGGACUCUGGAAACCACGGAGACGAAUUCACGUUCGGCAAUGAAGAGAAAAAAGAAAUUGGAGCAAUCGGAAAAAUUUUGACGGAACUUCACGCAAAGUUUUUCCAACUUCGACCAGACAUCGUUCAAGUUUUACAUCUGUACGUUUCAAACUCAUCUCGAUUUGCAAUUUCAGUUAUUAAAUUUGAGUUUGUGAUAAAACAUAGGAGUUCCAAUCUUGUCAAAUAUAAGAUCACGGAGUAUUGUUCAUAA